AUGUCAGCUUUAUUACUUAUAGAUGUUCAAUAUGAUUUUAUGAAAGGUGGAAGUCUGCAGGUUGACAAUGCAGAGGAGAUCCUCGAACCAAUCAACAAGUUGAGAAACAAUCGACAGUUUGAUUUGGUGGUGUUGUCUAAAGAUUGGCAUCCACAAGAUCAUGUGUCGUUCGCUUCGAAUAACCCUGGCACCAAACUGUUUGAAAGUAUUGCAUAUCACUCUGGCACUCAGGUAAUGUGGCCUGACCACUGUGUACAAGGCACGCAUGGAUCCGACAUCAAUUCAUCAUUACACUGCGAGUCAACCGAUGUAAUAGUUCUCAAAGGUCAGAACAAACAGAUCGAUAGUUACUCUGCGUUCUACGACAACGACCACAAGAAUAAAACGGAACUCGAUGAUGUGCUCAAGUCGAAAAACAUCAAAGAAGUCUAUGUUUGUGGACUAGCCACUGACUAUUGUGUUUCCUACACUGCACUGGAUGCCGUCUCGGCAGGAUACAAAACCUACUUCCUCGAGGAUGCAAGUCGUGGUGUUGCACCAGACACUACACAGUCACAGAUUGAAAAUAUGAAACAACACAAUGUAAUCAUCAGUUUUGUUUCUGUGGGAUUGCUAAUUGGUUUCUAUCUCAAACAAAAAGCAUUUGAAGAGGCUCAGUUAAAAGUUGCUAAUAUGGCAAUGGAGGAUAUACAAGUACUAGUUCCUUUGUUGGAUCAACAUCAAGCUGUGGUAGACCAACUCUUACAACAAGCAGACAAAACCAACAUAUCGAUAGAUUCAUCAAUUCAAAGUUUAUUCGUUGUAUUAUGCUUACUUUUAAAUGAAGAGUUAUGUUCUUAUUCUGAAGCAAGAUCAUUAUCAUGUAAAUCAGCAGCUCAAUUGGUUGGAUCAAUCAAGAGUUUCGAUUAUAAAAAAGUUAGUCAUCAUAUUUACAAGUUGUUAGAGAGUUACUACACCUCUGACGAAGUAACACUACAUCCAGAGUUUACUGAAGAGAGAUUAACUAAAUUUGGUGAUGUAGCCCUUGCACUCUUUCGUUGGGCAGAUUCUGUUUAUACAUUACUCACUGUUAGAUUCGAUGAUAUUGAAGAUGAUAUGGAUGAAGAUGAUGAAUAA